AUGUCGUUCAAGUCUCAUGGGUUUGAGACCUCGAUUGACGUCGCCCGCCGCCAACAGUAUCAUGUUGCGCAAUUGGCAGGCCACAAACGGCCCACGACAACAGAGGAAACACCUUUCGCUCCAAAGACCGAAAUGAGAGACGGUUCAGUUUCUCGGCCCAAGCCACAUGGCAAAUUGGAGAUUAUAGAAUCCACCCCACUUGAGUCCACUCGAGCCUCGCUAGGACCCCCUCCGACCCGAUUUACUGCAAGCAGGAUCCAACCAGGUCCAGCCUCGGCCGUUACGGCCCCAGGCGAUGAGCACAAGCAGAAAACUACUGCAUCUGUUACUAUUCCGGGAUCUAGCCAGAAUCCUUUGCUCUUGUUAAAGAAUCCAAAGUACGGGCUUCCUGAUGCAUUAACGGCUAAUUUUGCGGCCUUGGGUGUGGGAAAUAUCUACCCUUGGCAGGCAUCAUGCUUGUUAGCGCGGGGCCUGUUAUCGGGUGAGCGGCAUUUGGUAUACACGGCCCCCACUGGCGGAGGAAAGUCCCUAGUGGCCGAUGUAUUGUUGCUGAAACGUAUUAUUGAGAACCCUGCGAAGAAGGCGAUUUUGGUUCUGCCUUAUGUGGCAUUGGUUCAGGAGAAGCUGAAAUGGAUGCGUCGUAUUGUUCAGGAUGUGCCGAAGAAUGUUCCGGAUGAUGAAGAGGAGGAAGGGCAAGAGGGGUUACCAUUUCCACGCAGGCGAUGGAAGAAACUACAGAAGCAGAUUCGUGUGACUGGGUUUUUUGGUGGAAGUAGGACUACGACUACUUGGGCUGAUACGGAUAUUGCUAUCUGUACGAUUGAAAAGGCAAAUUCGUUGAUUAAUACUGCUAUUGAAGAAUGCAGUAUUGGGGAUUUGGGAGUCGUUGUGCUCGACGAGUUACACAUGCUGGAUGAUGAGCAUCGUGGAUAUCUCUUAGAACUCAUGGUCACUAAGCUGUUGCUAUUGCAGCAAGAUAUUCAGAUCGUGGGGAUGAGUGCGACCCUAUCGAAUACCGAAAUGCUGGCUCAGUGGAUGAAUGCGAGGUUUUUCAUUUCAACAUAUCGACCAGUUCCUAUUGAUGAGUAUCUUGUCUAUGAGAAUGUCAUUUACCCAGCCGCGACAUCUAGACAGCUGUUUCAAACAGCCUCUAAACUAACAGUGUCAACAUCAAUACAAGAUACUAUUCCUGCACAUAGAAUCAUUGAGUCGUCGACAUAUAAAGAGCUCAACAACGCUGCAACUAACGCCAUGGUAGCACUGGCCGUGGAAACGGCUACAGAGGGAUACGAGCUGAGGAGCCUUGCGUGUGGCUUGGACCCUGUUCUUCAGCAUACAAUUAUUAAAGGAACAGGUUUUCAUCAUGCUGGCAUGACGACAGAAGAGCGAGAACUCAUCGCAGCAGCCUAUGAUUCGGGUGUUCUGAAAAUUCUUAUUGCCACUUGCAGCCUUGCUGCUGGAGUUAAUCUUCCUGCUCGGCGGGUUAUAAUAAAUGGUGCUCGGAUGGGCCGAGAUUUGGUGGGCCCGGCAAUGUUGCGACAAAUGUGUGGCCGAGCUGGGCGCAAAGGGAAGGAUGAUGCGGGAGAGACGUAUUUGAUUUGUGUGAAAGCAGACCUUGAAGCCGUAUGUGAUUUAUUGGACUCUGACAUGCCUGCUAUCGAGAGCUCUCUCGUUCCUGAAAAGCGAGGAUUGAAAAGAGCUCUACUUGAGGCCAUCGCAACAGGUUUGGUAUCUGGAUGUGAGGCUAUCAAGGAAUACGUACAUUGUACUCUGCUAUACCGCACCCUCGAUCAGAAGCUUGCAUAUAGCAUCAUGAAAUCAGCUCUGCAAGAACUGGUUGAUGAAGAGCUUCUAAUUUCCAAGGAAGACGAGGCGUAUCAUGCAACCCAACUCGGUCAAGCCGUUGUGGCAUCUGCAUUUGCCCCAGAGGAUGGCCUAUUUGUACAUGAAGAGCUCAAGCGGGCCAUCCAGGCGUUUGUGAUGGAUGGGGAUAUGCACGUCUUCUACAUGUUCACUCCUCUCCAAGCAGCAAUGAGCACGUCAAUUGACUGGCAGAUCUUCCGUGACCAACUAGACCUCAUGGACGAGAGUGGCCUUCGUGCAUUACAGUUCGUUGGUGUCGAACCAGGGUUUGUCAACACCAUGGUACAAUCCGGUGCAUCACUGAAGGAAGUGACACCAGAACAAAUCCAGAAAGCUCGUGUCUACAGGCGUGCAUAUGCGGCAUUUCAGCUUCGUGAUCUCAGCAACGAGGCUCCUCUAUCAGUCAUCGCACAGCGCUAUCGAAUCCCUCGCGGCACAGUCCAGACAUUAGCUCAGCAAUGUCACGGGUUCGCAGCUGGCAUAGUAAAAUUUUGCCAGCGGAUGAACUGGGGCAUGAUGGCGGCUGUGCUGGAUCAUAUGCGUGAUCGUCUGGAAGCAGGCGCCCGUGCUGAUCUACUUGAAAUGGCUCAGGUUGUCUUUGUAAAGAGCUGGACUGCUCGGCUUUUGAGAGAGAACGGGUUUCGGAACUUGCGUGCGUUGGCAGAGGCUGAGCCGAAGGACUUGGUUCCUGUGCUUAUGAUGGUGAACCCACGCAAAACGCAGAAGAGCCAGCUUUUUCCUACAGAAGCAGAGAGAUAUGCUGUGAAAUUAUUGACAAAGGCAGAGACUAUCGUUGGUUCUGCGAAUAAGAUUUGGGAACGAGAGAUGAGGCUGGAGAUAGAAGAGUAA